UGAAGUAUAUUUCUGCUAUGCUUGUAUAUGAAAGAGUGUGUGUUGUGGGUUAUGAGGAAAAUUACAUUUUUACCUGGGAUGAAAUUUUAAAACUUGAAAGCUACUGACCAGAAGAAACUUGCGCUUGUGUACAAAAGAAAUGCCCAAGAACGUUCCCAACAAAACACAGUCCUAAGGGCCCCAACCUGGCCAAACACUCAUCCACGGGAAGAUGAAGACAUUUCCCAUGCUCCCCUCAGACGACGGGAGACCAUGCAGCAAUGAAAAUGAGCCAUGUCAGUGUGGGUGGGUCUCAGGGAGAGAAUGGAGGACAAAAAUAGACAUAGAGCAGGUGCUCAGAGCCAUGCAGUGUUAGGAGCAGCCACGCAGGAGAAUUUCCUCACGUCAAAGUUCAAAACUACAGCCGAGGCAACAGAGCAAGACCCUGCCUCAAAAAGAAAACAGAAAGUUCAAAAACUAAAUGGCAUAUCUUUUAGGGAUGUACACACACGGUGAAAGAAACAUACUAUGAAGGAAAGUGUGCAAAUAAUAAAGACGAAAGCAGGAAGUGAUUCCCUCCGUAGAAGGGAAGGGACUGGGACUCAGGCAGGGCCUCCAGGGAGCAUCCAAAGUUAUGUCUCUUCAGAUUCUACUCCCUAAACUUGGUGCAGGUCCUCUGUGUCCAAUGUGUCAAUAUUCUUUAUCUUACCCAUACUGUACAAAUGCUUUAUUUCUAUUCAAUAUGUAGAAGACAGUUAUAAACAAGAUGCAUUCAAUAGCAAGGUGGCAGAUGAACAUCAGGAAGGAACAUUCAUGAGCUUCCAUCCACGGAACCUCACCAUGGAUACGCUUGUGAUCAAGGGCCUGGUCUCCCCUCAAGACACGGUCACAGAUCAGAGGCCACACCAUCCUAGCAGUGGAGCAGGACCAGCUGGGACAGGGUCCUUCUGUGACACCUGCUGCAUCACCAGGCUGGGUGAACGGACACAAUUGCCAGAACUCACAGAAUAGAAGUAUCAGCACCGAAACCUCACAGGAAAAAUGAAGACAUUUUCUUUCUCUUCUGAGUAACUGAAAUAAAAUCUGGCCUUUGUGAAACCCUGGAAAUACCACGACCCUCAACUAGAAACACCAAUACCAGCUCCUCCGCGAGUUUCCAGCUCCACAACCUAAGACAUCAGAGGCAGCAUUGGCUCCUCACGUAGAGUCCAGCUCCGGGACCCUCAUAUUUGAACCGCAGGACCAUCUCACCCCUGGAUCUCCAGCUGCACCACACUCAAAUUAGAACAACAUCAGCUCCUCCCCAGGUCUCCACCUGCACAGCCCUCGAACGGGAACGUCAGCUCCUCCCCGGGUCUCCAGCUGCAGGGCCCUAAAACUAGAACAUCAGCUCCCGCCUGGGUCGCCAGCAGCACCACCCUCAAACUGGAACAUCAGAUCCCCAUGGGUCUCCAGCUGCAGAGCCCUGAAACUGGAACAUCAGCUCCCCACCAGAUCUCCAGCUGCAUGGACCUCAAACUGGAACAUCAGCUCCCCGCCGGGUCUCCAGCUGCACUGCCUGCAAACUGGAACAUGAGCUCCCCGCCGGGUCUCCAGCUGCAUGGCCCUCAAACUGGAACAUCAGCUCCCCACCAGAUCGCCAGCUGCACGGCCCUCAAACUGGAAUAUCAGCUCCACCCCGGGGCUCCAGGUGCACAGCCCUCAACCUGCAACAUCAGCGCCCCACUGGGUCUCCAGAUGCACGGCCCUCAAACUGGAACAUCAGCUCCCUGCCAGGUCUCCAGCUGCACAGCCCUCAAACUGGAAUAUCAGCUCCACCCCAGGGCUCCAGAUGCACGGCCCUCAAACUGCAACAUCAGUUCCCCCCCGGGUCUCCAGCUUCACGGCCCUCAAACUGGAACAUCAGCUCCCCACCAGAUCUCCAGAUGCAUGGCCCUCAAACUGGAACAUCGGCUCCCCACCGGGUCUCCAGCUGCAUGGCCUUAAACUGGAACAUCAGCUCCCAGGCCCUCAAACAGGAACAUCAGCUCCCCACAGGGUCUCCAGCUGCACGGCCCUCAAAUUGCAACAUCAGUUCCCCCCGGGUCUCCAGCUGCACCGCUUCAAACUGCAACAUCAGUUCCCCCGGGUCUCCAGCUGCACCGCUUCAAACUGCAACAUCAGCUCCCCGCUGGGUCUCCAGCAGCAAGGCCCUCAACCUGGAACAUUAGCUCCCCCGAACCUGGGUCUCCAGCUCCACAGCCCUCAACCUGGAACAUCAGCUCCCCGCAGGGUCUCCAGCUGCACGGCCCUCAAACUGGAACAUCAGCUCCCCACCGGGUCUCCAGUUGCACGGCCCUCAAACUGGAACAUCAGCUCCCCACCAGGUCUCCAGCUGCAUGGCCCUCACACUGGAACAUCAGCUCCCCACCAGAUCUCCAGCUGCACGGCUCUCAAACAGGAACAUCAGCUCCCCGCAGGGUCUCCAGCUGCACGGCCCUCAAACUGGAACAUCAGCUCCCCACAGGGUCUCCAGCUGCACGGCCCUCAAACUGCAACAUCAGUUCCCCCCUGGGUCUCCAGCUACACCGCGUCAACCUGGAACUUCAGCUCCCCCCCGGGUCUCCAGCUCCACGGCCCUCAACCUGCAACACUGGCUCCCCACCGGGUCUCCAGAUGCACGGCCCUCAAACUGGAACAUCAACUCCCCACAGGGUAUACAGCUGCAUGGCCUUAAACUGGAACAUCAGCUCCCCGCCCAGGUCUCUAGAUGCACGGCCCUCAAACUGGAACAUCAGCUCCCCGCCGGGUCUCCAGCUGCACGGCCCUCAAACUGGAACAUUAGCUCCCCACCAGGUAUACAGCUGCAUGGCCUUCAACUGGAACAUCAGCUCCCCACCCAGGUCUCCAAAUGCACGGCCCUCAAACUGGAACAUCAGCUCCCGGCCAGGUCUCCAGGAGCACGGGCCUCAAACUGAAACAUCAGCUCCCUGCCAGGUCACCAGCUGCAUGGCCCUCAAACUGGAACAUCACCUCCCCACCAGGUCUCCAGCUGCAUGGCCCUCAAAUUGCAACAUCAGCUCCCAUCAGAGUCUCCAGCUGCAUGGCCAUCAAACUGGAACAUCAGCUCCCCCGCGGGUCUCCAGCUGCACAGACCUCAAACUUGAACGUCAGCUCCCUGCCGGGUCAUCAACUGCACGGCCCUCAAACUGGAACAUCAGCUCCACCCCCGGGUCUCCAGCUGCACAGCCCUACAACCGGAACAUCAGCUCCCUGCCGGGUCUCCAGCUGCACGG